AUGAAAACCGACAUCGAAGCUCCGUCCGCCCCGCCACCACCACCCGACAACAUCGUCCUCCCUACUACGGAGGAAGACGACGACUUCCCGGACGGCGGCCUCGACGCCUGGCUCGUCGUUGCCGGCGGCGCCUCCGUCUUCUUCUGCUGCCUCGGCUUCGGCAACUCGUUUGGCACGUUUGAGGCGUACUACCUCGCGCACCAGCUCAGCGGAUACACGCCCGACGCCGUCGCCUGGAUCGGGUCCGUCUCUGCGUUUCUGCCGUUCGCUACGGGUGUUCUUGGCGGGCCCUUGUUUGAUCGAUACGGUUCCAAGGUGGUCCGGCCGGGCGCCGCGCUGUACGUGCUCGCCAUGAUGAUGCUCAGCCUGUGCAGGACGUACUGGCAAAUCAUGCUCGUGCAGGGCGUACUCAUGGGCGUUGCCAUGGCGUUCCUCCAGUUCCCGGCCUUUGCCGCCGCCGCGCACUACUUUCGGCGCCGCCGCGCCGCCGCGCUCGGCAUCAUGGUGGCCGGCUCCUCGCUCGGCGGCGUCGUCAUGCCCAUCCUGCUCUCGCGGAUGCUCAACAGCUCGUCGCUCGGCCUCGGAUGGACCGUGCGCGUCGUCGGCUUCCUCAUCCUCCCUUUCCUCCUCUUUGCGUGCUUGACCGUCAAGCCGCGGCUGGCGCCGCGCCGAGACGGCCGCUUCUUCAAGAUGGGCGUCUACCGCGACGGCCGCUUCGUCCUGUUCUGCGCCGCCUUCUUCUUCAUCCUCUUCGGCAUGUUGACGCCCAUCUUCUACCUCCCCACGUACGCCCUCCGCCGGGGCAUGCGCCCCACGCUCGCCGGGUACCUGCCGGCCGUGCUCAACGCGGCUUCCACCCUGGGCCGGGUCAUCCCGGGCGUGCUGGCCGAUCGGUACGGGCCGCUGAACAUUUUCGGGCUCGGGGCCAUCGCCACGGGCGUCGUCGUCUUUUGCUUCAACGAGGCCACGUCCAACGCCGGGAUCGUCGUCUACGCCGCCGUGUUUGGCUUCGUGUCGGGCACCAUUAUUUCGGGGGCGUCGGCGGCCAUUUCGCUGUUUGCGCGGGACGCCCGGGAUGUGGGCACGUACAUGGGCAUGGGCAUGUCGCUGGCGUCGUUUGGCGUGCUGGUCGGGCCGCCAGUCAAUGGCGCGUUCGUCAAGGCGUUUGGCGGCUUCUGGGAGGUGUCGGCGUUUAGCGGCGCCAUGUGCCUGUUUGGCGGCAUCCUCGCGUUUGUGGUCAAGGCCAUGAUGCCUCAGGGUAUCUUUGGGCGAACUUGA